AGCGGUGCGAGGCACGUCAACAGCCGCCGUCUGAAACUGGAUUUAUCAUCUGUAGCUGACUAUUCGAAUUUCCGUCGAUUAAUAAGGAGCAUAUCAUCUCUUAAUAUACGUAUUUAAAUAUCUGUUUUUUGCAAACCAUCGGGUGCUUCAACAAUGAAUCCGUUGUGCGGUAGAUGUAACAAAGUCGUGUAUCCCACGGAAAAAGUGAAUUGUCUGGACAAGUUCUGGCAUAAGGGAUGCUUCAGCUGUGAGGUGUGUAAGAUGACUCUAAACAUGAAGAAUUAUAAAGGCUUUGAGAAGAAACCAUACUGCAACGCACACUACCCAAAGACAACGUUCACCAGUGUUGCUGAUACUCCAGAGAACCUGCGUCUGAAGCAGCAGAGCAAGAUGCAGAGCCAGGUGCUGUAUAAGGAGGAGUUUGAGAAAAGUAAAGGGAAGGGCUUCAGUGUUGUGACAGACACACCAGAGAUGCAGAGACUCAAGAAAACACAAGACCAAAUCAGCAACAUUAAAUACCAUGAGGACUUUGAGAAGAGCCGGAUGGGAGGAGAGGCACCUCCUCAACAGCCACCACAGCAGAACACGACUCCAGCGUAUCAGCCGCCAGCAGCCUCUCAGAACUACCACUAUGAGCCAGAGCCUGUCCGUCAAGCCGCUGCCCCGCCCCCCAGCGCUGGGAAGCGUUACCGGGCGGUGUACGACUACGUGGCAGCGGAUGAGGACGAGGUGUCGUUUUCGGACGGCGACAUCAUCGUGGACGUGCAGCCGAUCGACGAGGGCUGGAUGUAUGGACGGGUGGAGCGCACGGGACAGCAGGGCAUGCUCCCCGCCAACUACGUGGAGGUCAUCUAAAACAAACCGCCAGGGAGGGAUGGAGGAAAGAGAGGGAUCAUGUAAAAAAAAAAAAAAAAGAAAAAGAAAAGAAAGGAA